GAGGGGCGGGGGAGGCGGAGGAGGAGGAUGAGAUCAUAGUUUCAGGAUCCUCAGGAAACCCUGGUACUGGCAGCAGCCAGCCGCUGCUGUGCCCACAUGACCCACAACUCUGGCAGCGGACCGGCACUUCCAACAUUAUUAAAUAAUAAGAAAGCGGCCCUGCGCCCUGCCCAGCGCACCCUGCGGACUAAUGGGCACCUUCUGAGAGUUUGGCGAGUCGGUGACGAGGCCGCCGUCCAUGCCGAGGUAAAUAGGAUUUACCAUUCGCUGGAUGAAGUGCUUGGGGAGUCCUUAAAUGCCAUAGCCAAGUGCCGUUUCAAAGAACAAACAGAUGGUUUUGGAAAGUUCAUGCUGUUUCUUCACUGAAGUUUAGAAUGAUUGAAGAUAGUGGGAAAAGAGGAAAUACCAUGGCAGAAAGAAGACAGCUGUUUGCAGAGAUGAGAGCUCAAGAGCUGGAUCGAAUCCGACUCUCCACCUAUAGAACAGCGUGCAAGCUUCGGUUUGUUCAGAAGAAAUGCAAUUUGCAUCUGGUGGACAUUUGGAACGUCAUAGAAGCUCUGAGGGAAAAUGCCCUGAACAACCUGGACCCGAACACGGAACUCAACGUGGCUCGCCUGGAGGCUGUGCUCUCCACCAUUUUUUACCAGCUCAACAAGCGGAUGCCCACCACACACCAGAUCCACGUGGAGCAGUCCAUCGGCCUCCUGCUCAACUUCCUGCUGGCGGCCUUUGACCCGGAAGGCCAUGGCAAAAUUUCAGUAUUUGCUGUCAAAAUGGCUUUGGCCACAUUGUGUGGAGGGAAGAUCAUGGACAAAUUAAGAUAUAUUUUCUCAAUGAUUUCUGACUCCAGUGGGGUGAUGGUUUAUGGACGCUAUGACCAGUUCCUGCGGGAAGUCCUCAAACUGCCCACAGCCGUGUUUGAAGGGCCCUCAUUCGGUUACACGGAACAGUCAGCCAGGUCCUGCUUCUCUCAGCAGAAAAAGGUCACGUUAAACGGUUUCUUGGACACGCUCAUGUCAGACCCUCCCCCACAGUGCCUGGUCUGGCUGCCCCUUCUGCAUCGACUGGCAAAUGUAGAGAAUGUCUUCCACCCGGUGGAGUGUUCCUUCUGCCACAGCGAGAGCAUGAUGGGAUUCCGCUACCGAUGCCAACAGUGUCACAAUUACCAGCUCUGCCAGGACUGCUUCUGGAGGGGACAUGCUGGGGGUUCCCAUAGCAACCAGCACCAAAUGAAAGAGUACACGUCAUGGAAAUCACCAGCUAAGAAGCUAACGAACGCGUUAAGCAAGUCCCUGAGCUGUGCUUCCAGCCGAGAGCCUUUGCACCCCAUGUUCCCCGACCAGCCGGAGAAGCCGCUCAACUUGGCCCACAUCGUCCACCCCCCACCCCUCCUAAGUGCUUCCCAAACCCUGAUUUCACAUGCUAGCAAGGGCUUGCCAUCAAGCACAUCGUCUAUGCUGGAGAGCUCAAACCGGCUUGAUGAGGAACACAGGCUGAUUGCCAGGUACGCGGCAAGACUGGCGGCAGAGUCCACUUCGUCUCAGAGAGGCACUCCUGACAUCUCCUUCACCAUCGACGCGAACAAGCAGCAGCGGCAGCUCAUCGCGGAGCUGGAGAACAAGAACCGAGAGAUCUUACAGGAGAUCCAGAGACUGCGGCUGGAGCAUGAACAAGCCUCGCAGCCCACCCCGGAGAAGGCGCAGCAAAACCCCACGCUGCUGGCAGAGCUGCGGCUCCUCAGACAGCGCAAGGACGAGCUGGAGCAGAGGAUGUCCGCGCUGCAGGAGAGCCGGCGGGAGCUAAUGGUCCAGUUGGAAGGUCUCAUGAAGCUACUCAAGACCCAGGGGGCAGGCUCUCCUCGCUCCUCCCCCAGCCACACCAUCAGCAGGCCCAUCCCCAUGCCCGUGCGGUCUGCGUCCACCUGUUCCACCCCGGCCCACACGCCUCAGGACUCUCUCACAGGGGUAGGGGGAGACGUGCAGGAGGCGUUUGCACAAAGUUCAAGAAGAAACCUAAGGAAUGACUUGCUAGUGGCCGCUGAUUCCAUCACUAACACCAUGUCCUCUCUGGUGAAAGAGCUGAACUCCGAGGUGGGGAGUGAAACGGAGAGUAAUGUGGAUUCUGAGUUUGCAAGGACUCAGUUUGAGGACCUGGUUCCAUCGCCAACCUCGGAAAAGGCUUUCCUAGCGCAGAUCCACGCCCGGAAACCCGGGUACGUGCACGGCGGAGCCGCCCCAGGCGCCAUGCGCAGUGAUGUGGUCACAGAAGAUGGGGAUCCCUAUGCGCGGCCCGAGGAGGAGAACUACGAGAAUGACUCGGUCCGGCAGCUGGAGAACGAGCUCAAGAUGGAGGAAUACCUGAAACAGAGGCUGCAGGACGAGGCCUACCAGCUCCACGUCAGCACUGAGACCAGAAUCAAGCACCCCUGUCCUGUAACCGAGACAAAAUGGCGUGUGUUGUUUUGGUUUGUGGUGGUUUUUGGCGGGUUUCUCUCCUUGGUUCUCCAAAUUUACUUUUGGGGCCUGUUCUGAGAGCAAACCCAGCAGGUGUUACCUGUCCCGUGCAUUAGAUACAAUUAUAUCUUGCGGGGGUGUUCCUUGUUCCACAUGCAUUGCACACCCAUCUCCAUCAGGGAUGAUGGCCUAUAUGAGCACUGGUCUAACACAGCCAACCCUCCUCCACAGCGCCAUGUUCACGGAGGGAGGGAGGAGGGUGAAGUCUACUGUAUGGGAUUCAGGAAUCAGUUGUGGUUGGUCAGGAUGGAAGUCGGGGUACGUUUGGUUGGUCAGAGGGAGAUGUGCUGGAGAUUGUGAAAAAUGGAUUCUCGAACGAUAAGGCAGGGAAGGUUCAUUUGUAAGUAGUAAUGUGAACUUAAUUGCAUACGAGUGUGGCCUUUGUUGUGAUAUACUAUGUAUUUUCUUAUAUGCAUGAGCCAAGCUGUAGCAUCAUAAUUUAGCACUGAUGUCCGCCUUUAUUUUGAUCAUCUUUGUCCACCCUUAUUAGUUCUUGGCUGUCCACUGUAGAUAAACAUUGUAAAUACGGCAACUUUUGGUUGCUGCAAUCACCUUGGUUCGAUUCCACGCAAGGAGCCACAAACAAGAACUCCAGUGUCCUCAGAAGAAAGGGCAUUUUUACUUUUGAACCAAAAAGGGGGGGGGGGGAAUCAGAAGCGUCAUAUCUUGAGGCUAAUUAACUGUAAGACAUUUUUAAUUAUGACUACUGUAAUUUGACACCAUUUGAAGUAACCAAUACAGAGUCCCUAAAGAUUUCAUGAUAUUCAUUGGUAUUGUAACAGAACUACUAUUGUAUGGGUUUUUUGUAUUGCUGUUAAGUAUUGUUUUGUGUGUGUGUGUGCGCGCGCGUGUGUGUGUGUGUGUUGGAACCUCCUGGGGACAUGUUAUAUUUUGAAGUGAUUAAACUAUUUAAUUGUGUGUCUAUAUUUUGGAAUGGAAUUAUUUCUUCAUUAAAAAAAAUGUUUUUAAAAACA